UCAGCUGAUUUUAUGCAAAAAUAGUUGUCAUUUGCCGUACAUUUAACAACAAAUUAUAAUUGAUAUGUCCUUUUGAUUGUUUUACAUUAAGUUAAAAUGCACUAAGAAAUAACUAAAGAUUUAAAUGUUAUCAAAAUGAAUCUACAUCAAAUCGUUAGCGGUGCUUGUAAUGCAGGCGACAAAUGUUUUGCAGUAGGCUCUGUUGAAGGUGUACCAUUUACAGCAUAUGCAGCAGGAUGUAAUAUUGUAAUUCUUGCUUCUACUUUUGAGAGAGUUCAGAUUAUUCCAGGAGCUGUACAUGAUUAUGUUCGAAUUAGUUCAAUUGAUUGUUCCAGCGAUACAGGAAAAAUUGCUGCUGCAUAUGACAAUACAGUCUGUAUUUAUGAGCCUACACCAUUAAUACAUAACAAUUCUGUUCAUGGUUUAGAUUAUAGAUGGGUUCAAACCGGUUCGUUAAAAACCGACUCGCCCUUAAGAGCCUUGAGUUGGAACCUUGAAGGUACUCGACUUCUAACAGCUGGAGACGACGUACAACUUUGGCAUUUAAAGCAGCAAAUUCACGAAGAAGAAACACCUGUAACAUUUACUCUUGGUGGGGGCCCAACAGACGAAAAUGAUGUUGCGGAUGAACCGGACAAACCUCAAGCAGAACAAGAGCAAACGUCUUGGCAAUGCGUUUGGAAAGCAAACACGGCCAUUCCAGUGCAGCAUUUGGCCUUUUCGCCAGACGGCACGUUGUUUGCUACAUGCGGUGAGAAUGACAGAUUGGUGAAGAUAUGGUAUGAAAAUAAGCAUUUCCUUUUUACCUCUAAAAGCACAGAGGGUCCACACACACAGGAUUUGGAUUAUGGAUUUGUAUAUAUUGCACAUCCACGUGCGGUAACUCAUUUAUCCUGGAGAAAUACUAGCAAAUACAUGCCAAAGGGCUCUGUUUCAAAUAUGCUUCUUACAUCGUGUAAAGAUAACAUUUGUCGUUUAUGGGUUGAAACAGUAUUACCAGAAGAUGGGCUAGUAAAUUUAUCUCAGUUAGAUCCACAAGCUCAUCAUCCCAAAUUUAGGACUCAUAGACAUAAGCAUAGAUUUAUGCAGAGAUUAAAGCAUAUGAAAACAUGUUUCCAUAUAAGACGCAAUGCUAAACAUCAUGCCCAAGGUUUAAUCGGAUCGUCUCAACCGAUCCCAAGUUUGCCUUCCACUUAUAGUGUACAUGAUUUUCAUUCCUAUGGAUACCAUGGCACAGGAGUAACCCCAGGAUUACAUUUUCAUUUAGCAGCUUCGGUAAACGCGGAAACUGAUAUACCGCUUGUCCCAAAUAUAAGUUAUUGUAAUCCAAAACCAGCCUUUGUUUUACAUUGGCUUGAUAAUAAAGAGAUGCAAUUUAGUCUGCAAGCUGAAUUGUUUCUGGAAGAAUUUGCUAGACCUGUCGUUGAAAACCCGGAAUCCGAAGAGCAUUCCUUAGAACCUCUUAUGGAGUCUGGCGCCCCAGAUGGAGUCGAUGCAAGAAUUGAAAGUUUUUUAAGAGAUUGGCAUCAUAGUCCAGAUUUAUUAUUUAGUAUUCAUCCUGUUGACGGUAGCUUUUUAAUAUGGGUUGUAGAAUGGUUAGAUGAAUUCCAUCCCGGUUCAUUUCGUCAAGCACAGGUUUCAUUUUCAACUCGUAUUCCGUCUGCGUUUCCUGUUGGCGAUUCAAUGAGCAUGUCUACUACUGUCAGUUUGUAUAGUACAACACCAUUAUUAAAGCAUUUGGUAAAAGAUGUAUGUCACAGAAAUUUAAGUAGUGUUAAAGAAGAAGAUGAAAACAAACAGGAACAUGAUGGAAUAUGCUUGUCCGAUGAGAAUGAAGCGACCCCUGUGGUCUAUCUUGUAACCAAACACGAUAACGGUACUUUAAAUCUGUGGCAUUUAACGUUCCAAGAUCAAAGUAAAUUCGCUCAAGUUUUAAGUAUCGGUCAUAGAAGCAGAGCUUCAGGGCACAGAUUUAGAGUUAAUGAUAUUACUUGUCAUCCUGUAUUGCCGUUGUUAUUAACUACAAGCCAUCAUAAUAUAAUUGAUCAAAGCAAAAGUCAACACAAAUCAAAUGGUUUCUGCAGUGAAUUAAUUUUAUGGAAAGUUGAUGCCGUCGGACCUCUGUCAAAAUCGGGUGGAAUCUGCGAAUUAGCAAGAAUCAGUUCACCAGAACCGUCAGCUUUUAGCAACGUCGCUUGGAUUCCCACUUUAUUGCCUUCUAGUACACUCGGUAACCUAUCCAACUCACCAAGUGCAUGUUUUGUCGCUUCCGAUGGUCAAUGCCUUCGCGUGUAUCAAGCAGUAAUUGAUGCUAGAACAUUACUUGCUGAUCUGUCCUUUAAAGAAACGCGUCAAAAACAAGAUCACAUGAGCGAUAUUUCCGAUAUGUCCUCUUUUAAUGAAGAGACUCUACUGGAGAAUAUUAAUAUUGUUUCCCAACAAAGCACUUCGCGACCCGGGUGCAUUAUACAAUUAGAGACUGUGGCAGAAGCUAUUGAGUGGCAGAAUACCACCUUUUUACAUGUAUAUCAGGAACAGCUCAUUACAGGACAAAGAAGCUCUACAAAAUCUACUAACCAAGAUGCCAUGGUUGACUUACAGCAGUGUUCUGUCUUUGAAGAACCUUUUUAUAUAGUUCUACUAGACUGUAACGAUCAACACACUAUUAUUCACAUGUGGAAGCUUACUAUUUCUUCAACAGAUACUGACUUAUCUCUUACCGCAAGUCAGAUGUAUGUGCCUGAUUGUAAUUUGGUUCAGGAUGAACAUGACUUAUCAAGAAGAAACAGUGUGGAAUCUUUACAUUUAAAACAAUCUAAAGUCAGUCCCCAUAUAACAUUAACUGUUACAAGAGAAGUAAAACAAAUACUUCCAUUACCAGAUGGCGUUGAAAUCGUUCACGCCACGGCCGCAGCAGGUCAUUUAAGUUCUGCCUCAAUCUAUCCAGCAUGUCUUGCUCCUUAUUGUUUUGCGACAGCUUGUUCCGAUGGAAUUAUUCGUUUCUGGGCAGUGUCUAGUAAUGUUAAUCAUGUUAAUGAGUUAUCUUCGUAUAUGUUGGAAGAAGGCGGUGUUGUAGUAAAUUUCGGAAAGGUAUGGAAUGAGUGGAACAUGGUUAAAGAAUCCGCUAUCGAGAUUGAAGGACAAGUACUAAACAUUUGUGUUGCAUAUUCUGGACGACUUGCUUGCGCCUACAAAUAUGGUAAAAGUUUUACAAGACCUAAUAAAAAUGACCAAGAUUCCAGAUACAUAAAUCUAUGUGUUGCUAUUUAUGAGUGCGAAUCUACAGGAGGAACUGAAUGGAUUCUGGAAGAUGUUAUUCACUUAAAAAAUAUUCACCUACCUAGAAUAGAUAUCAACAAACAUUUGGACUUAAGUUAUCUGUACGAUUCUAGGACGUUGAAGAAAAAACAGAGAAUAAAUGAAGUCUUGCAUACUUUAUCUGGAGAUGAUAGACCAAAUUUGCUAUCGGCAGAGCCAAUAAAGCCUACUUUAUUGGCUGUUCCCAGUUUUACAACUUUACAGUCAUUAAGAAAAUCUAUUUCUGAAAUGGGAAAUAUUUGUCCGUUAACGCAAAAACAUAUUGUACAACUGGAUUGGGUUUCUAAUGAGGACGGAUCUCAUAUUUUAACUGUAGCGUGCGGAAGUAAAAUUCUUUUAUAUACACCAUUAUCUACUGAUUUAGCUCAAGCAAAUGUUAAGGCAAUGAAGGAAUCAUUGAAUAACUUUAGACCUAUAUUAAGAAAAGCUAGUUCACUAGCUCAGCCACUUUUUGUAGAUGAUUUUAAAUGGAUGACAUUAAGAAAAAUUGAACUUCAAACUGCAGACGGCUUACCAGCAUUACCGAUGCAAAUAAGCUGGGUUAGAGAUGGAAUUUUAGUGGUCGGUAUGGAUUCUGAAAUGCACGUUUACACGCAGUGGAAACCCCAGAAUCCUAAAAUAAAACAAGCUGCUAUAACUGAAACUGACAGUAGUAGAGAAAUGGAUUUUAGAACAUUAACACAAGAGAAUCAACGAAAAUUGGCUGCUGUUCCUACAUUAGGCAGAAUCAGUUCUGUGAAUCUUCAAAUUUUGGAUAGAAAACGAAACAAAGAUCAAAAUCUUGAUUACAUGCCUGACUAUGGCCUUUUUGAAGCAUCAAGAAUUGCUUGUCCUGUAUUACCCCAAUAUCAUCCUAAACAGUUAAUGGAGUUAUUAAAUUCUGGUAAAAUAAGAUGGGUUAAAGCUAUUUUAGCUCAUCUUGUUAAGUGUAUUGGAGGUAAUCAGGAGCCAUCUGAAGAGAUUCAAGGAUGGGCUAGAUCUAGAACAUUAUCAGUAAGUUAUCCAGCAGGGAGUCCUGAACAUAGAGCCAGUAUUAGCGAAAUUACUUUAGAUUACGAUGAAAUAAAUAAUAUUCCACCACUACCACUGUGGACAUUACUUGCGGCUGAUAAAGAGACAGCUGUAGUACAAGAAGAAAAGAAAGAUUAUAAUGAAUUAUUUGACAAUAAUAUUGUAAUGGAAGAUUUAGACAACAUUUUAGAUGACGAGGAAGAUGUUGUAAGAAGAGAACGGCGACUAUCAGAAAGGAACGUCGGAUUGACCCAUUUUACACCAAAACAGGGAAGAAUCUUAUCUCGCCUAUUAACUCAUAUUCAUUUACCAGGGCUAUCCAGUUUAGACCAGAUGCAUUUAUUAGCACUAGCCGAUACUGUAUCAACAUGUGAUACUGACUUAGCAGAAAGGUUUGCUAUCGAUGCAGCCAAAUCAGCAAUGGCCAAAGAAAACCUCAUGAAUCAAACAGAAGACUUACUAACGGAAAACUUAGAUGAUUGUGGUUUAAGAUUUUUAUUGGCCAUGAAGCAUUAUAAUUAUUUAUUGAGAUGCUUGCCUUUGGCUCAGAGAACUCAGUUCCAAAAAAAUGGCGUGGGUAAUAAUAACCUAGCUUGGGCGUUCCAUUCUGAAAGCCAAGAAGAGCUGCUUAAUUUAAUACCUAGUUAUGCAAAAGGAGAACCCACCUGGACGCAAUUAAGAGAAUUAGGUGCAGGAUGGUGGAUACGAAAUUUAAACUUGUUAAGGCAGUGUGUCCAAAUUCUAGCUAAAGCGGCAUAUCAAGCUAACGAAGAUCCUAUGGAUGCCGCUUUGUAUUACUUAGCGAUGAACAAAAAGAAUCUGUUAUGGGGACUUUACAGAUCGAAAAGAGAUGAAAGGAUGACAAAGUUCUUUUCAAAUAAUUUCUCAGAAGAUCGUUGGCGUAAGGCAGCUUUAAAGAACGCGUACGCUCUAUUGGGAAAACAAAGAUUCGAUCAUGCCGCCGCAUUCUUUAUUCUAUCCGGAAAUUUGAGGGACGCCGUAGAAAUAUGCAUUCACAAAAUAAACGAUAUUCAAUUAGCCAUUAUAAUUACAAGGCUGUAUGAAGGGGACGGACCCAAUUUACAGAAAUUACUGUAUCAAGAAAUAUUGGGAUGCGAUGAAAAUGGUGAAAAUCAAGAUCUCACAAGAGCUCACCCUGAUCCAUUUUUAAGAUCGAUGGCAUUAUGGUCUCUAAAGGACUAUCAGGCUUCUUUAAGCACUCUUUUAAUUGGAAAUGCUGGUACACAGCAUCCGGCUCAUGACGAUGAAGCUAAGGAAACUAAAGAGGCUGACCCAAAUGUGUUUAAUUUUUAUGUAUAUUUGAGAACUCAUCCAUUACUUGUUAGACAGCAUUUGGCUAAUUAUGGGCAAAAAUCAAUAACUCCUUUAGAAAGGCAAUUAUAUUUUGCAACUGCUCAUGGACAUUUUAGAGCUGGAUGUCCUGCUCUUGCUUUAGAAGUACUAUCAAAAUUACCUUAUGUAGUAUCUGAUAAAGUGAAAGGAACACCUACAGUUUUAUCACCAAAGGGUCAACAGCAGGAAAAAAUUGAUGAAAUAGCCACCGGGAUUAUUUCCUGGGAUAGUCAUCCACAAAAUGCCGCAAGCUUUGAUUGGAGUGGACCAGCUAAUAAUGGUGUUAAAACAGAUGAUUUAGAACUGAAAUGGAGUGAUGAUGAAGGAAAUGAAUCAGAUGAAUCGGGAGGUCUAGCAAUGAAAGUUACUAAAGACGAGAUUGCAGAUGAGGAAACCAAAGAAAACAUUGAAGAGGAAAUUCAGAACCAGGUGGAUAUUAUGGCACAGCAAUUAAAAUUUGUUGCUUGCCUAAAAAUUCUUAUGGAAGAACUAUCAACAUUAGCUACCGGUUUUGAAGUCGAUGGUGGACAGUUACGCUAUCAACUAUAUAUUUGGUUAGAAAAAGAAGUAGAGGCAUUGAGAGAAUUGUGCAGUUACACUACGUCUGAUGUCGUUGAAUCAUCAGAUUUAGAAACAUCUCCUGAACCUGAAGGUCAAAUCACCGAACACAAUCCAAAACCGACCCUGCAUGAAAUUUUAAUUCAGGAAAAACUUGAUUUUGAAGCCAAAGUUCAAAGAGCUGCAAAGAGGAAACGCUGGCUAAGAGCUAACGAGACAUUACUCAGGACCCUUUUAAGUUACUGUUCCUUACACGGUGCUACUGGAGGGUUGGCAUCAGUUAGAAUGGAAUUGAUGCUUUUAUUGCAAGAAUUGCAACAAGAGAAAACACAUCAACAGUUACUAAGUCCUUUGCCUUUCCCAACUAGUUUACCAUUACUGGCAGCAACUGUUGCUAGUAGCAAAACUGUGGUAGCAGAUCCCAUUAGAUACCUGCAAAGCUUGACACAUGAUAUGCUUCAAACAAUGGUAGAAUUACCAAAUCCAAAUACCAACCAAAGCCAGUUGUUAGUUUUGAGAGAUUUAGCUAUUGCUUUGUCAGCUUGUAUAUAUCAAUCUCUGUGUGACUCAGAUACUUUCAAAGCAACAAUUCAAGAAUCUCAGGAUAUCACUUCUACUUAUCUUGUCGGCCGAAAACGUAAAAUAUCAGUCAAUGAAACUCUUAUGAUAGUAACGUUUCCAGCGAAAUGGCCUGGAGUCAGUGGUCUAAGAGCGUUACUCGCUCGAGAAAAGGACGAAGAUACUCCAAGGCUCACAGUCCUUCUUUGCGAAGCCUUUACUGCUACCUAUUUAGCAUUACUAAUCUAUGGUUUGGUAACUUGCGAUUGUGUAAUCUUGUUUCACGUUGCCGCCCAUACUUUCAAUCCUGAAGUUUGGGGAAGACUUUUUGGUGGUGGCGUAAAAAAACUACUACGUACAGCGAGUGUCACAAGCAGCCAAAGCAAUCAUCCAAGCUUACAGACCCAGACUAGCGUCCAAACUCCGAGCGAAGACUCCAGCAGCGCAGCGAAUUGGUUAAAUAAACAAAGAGUUAAACUAAACACAAAAUUAUUGGGUCAUCAACCAAGUGUUAUGAAGGAAGACAAACCAACUUAUAGGGAACAAUUCGUUCCUCCCGAAAUGAGCAUUCUAGCUUUUCUGUUACAGAAACCUGAGUGUAGUUACUAUAUUGAUGAGGUAGAAAGUGAAAACGAAGACGAAGAAGACGAUGAAGAUGUAUUCGAAACUCCCAAAAUUGCCAAGGUUGUAAAUAAUGAACAUUCUGAUCCGACAUCUUAUUCUUGGCUUGUGUUAAAACUUGCGACCUUGAAAAUAGCACAAAAUAGAUUAAAUGAAUUUCUAUCGGUUGCUUGUCUUGAAACAUCAGAAUUACCGGUAUCAAGUCCUUUAAUCCAUAGUGCUUUGCGAAGCUUAACACAGUGGCAAGAAAACCUGAGAAGAGAACUUGAGCUAAGGCAGACACCUCCAGAAUAUAUUCCAGGGUGUUUUGUUGAAAAUACAACUGGACCACCUAUUCAAAAAUACAGACAAAUUUUGGAACCACAUAACACUCCAUUCUCUACCAAAAGUUCGGCGGGUCCGGCACGAGUUUUGUGGAGUUAUUUAGUUCAUCAAGAAUCAGUGCAGGAAAUUUUCAUUAGGGCAGUGUUUGGCAAGAGAAGGUCUAUCAGUGCUUUGGACGAAGUUCUUCCUCAAUCAGAACCAGCUCUGGAACCUGUUAGAAUUAUUCAUAAAGAACAAGAUUCUAUAUCAGCGUUUUCACUUAAUCAGUUAAACGGCGGACUGAUAGUUAUAGCAACUCCAAGAGAACUUCAGGAAAUGGAUAUAUCACUCCUUCUAGAAUUACCCUCUUGGUUGGAAGAUGAAUGCGAAUUAGAUAUCUUAAAUCUCACAAAAGACUGUCCAGAUGCGACCGUUCCACCAUUUUUGGUCAUACAAAGUGCAGGAGAUAAAAGCAAAGAUACCCAACCGGGUAGUCCCCAGCCGGGCAUGAGUAGCCAAAGUGGAAGGGGCGCCAGUGUCAUGAAGGGGUUGAGCUUCCCGGGCUGUCACGAUGCCAAUUUUGUCCAUCUCGUCUUGCUUCGGUCGGCGCACAUGCUUCGACCGGUUUUGAAACACAAAGUAGAUGGAGUCAGGAGAAUUACAUCCCAUCCGCUACUUCCAUUGUAUCUGACAGGAGGUACUGAUGGAUCUGUUCAACUAUGGGAAUGGGGACACCAACAUCCUGUUGCCACGCCUAGAUCAGCCGGUACAUACGCCAAAGUGACUCGUCUACGUUUCUCUCAGCAUGGUAAUAAGUUUGGUGUGGCCGAUUCGGACGGAAAUCUCAGUUUGUUCCAAGUGGGACUGAGCGUUAAUGCGACUUGGCCGUUUUUUACUCACAAUUGCCACAACAAGGGUAUUAGUGACUUCGUAUUUUUGGGAUCUUGUAGUUUACUUGCCACAGCUGGACAUAGUUCGGAAAACAAAAACGUCUGUAUAUGGGAUUCGAUUCUACCUCACAAUAAAGCUCUGGUUAUGGCUUUUACUUGCCACGAUCAGGGGUCAAGCAGUCUGGUAUUUGCACCCCAACAUCAGGUAUUAAUCUCAGCUGGAAAGAAAGGUGACGUUUGUCUUAUUGACGUUAGAUCAAAGAGUAUCAGACACAAGUUUAAUGCACAUGAAAACGCCGUCAAAUGUAUCGCCAUUGACCCUCACGAAGAUUACUUUGCUACUGGUUCUGCAGAUGGAGAUAUUAAGAUUUGGGGAGUAGCUGUACCGAAUGUUCUGCUUUCUCUGCCAGCAGAACAUGCCAGAAGUAGCUUUUUCAAGAAUAUAGGGCAGGGCGUAACGCAGCUUCAAAUAGAUGCACACUCCAGAUUAUUCUCCUGUGGAGCUGAUGGUAGUAUGAAGGUUCGCCAGUUGCCUGAUAGAGAAACAUUAAUAAGCCAUCAUUGAACAAAAUAAUGGAGAAAUAAUAUAAAGUAGA